CCUCUGUGGCAGUGUCACCUAUAUCAUUCCCUCGCUCCCUCCAAUUUCUUGUCAUACCUCCAGCAAUUGUUUAUCCUACUUCGAUAAUUCCAACUCUUCAUUUCUAUUCUCCCUUGGUCACUCUCAACCAUUGAACGAAGACCAACCUCAAAAACCUCCUCUCCAAUUUGACUCCACGUGAAUCCCAUACACACCUCAAGACCUUUCAUCCUGAGCAAUACAGCACUGCUGGACAGUACAAUGGCUCCACGACCUAUACUUGCACCACUCAAGACUCCGAAGAACGUAACCUACCCUUCAGAGCUUCAGGACACCCCAUUGAUCAAGCACGAGGACAGUCAAUGUGAAGCAGGAAAUAGACUCUCGGUCCUUCCACCCAAGGCCUACACAGAGUUUCUCAAAGCUUUGAGUCCAGCAUAUGCUAGUCCCGAAGGCAUCAAUGGGAGUUACACCAGGUGGAUGAUGAGUAAGACUCUUCCGUCUCCAUCGUCAGUGCCAUCAACUGCAUCAACCGUCUCUUUCUCCGACACUGCUGAAGUAAAACCCACGGCCACUCCACUAUCUCCAUCACCAGCUGCACCUCAGUCUGCUAAGGAACCUACUCAUGUUCGACGCCCUCGUAUCUCACCUUCAUACAUCUACUCGCCUGUGUCGCUAAAGUCUCCCCGCAGCCCUUAUAAAGUACGCACUCUCUACUCGCCUAUGGACCGAAGAGCAAAGAACCUGGAUUCUCCGCUAUAUGCGAAUAGCGGAACCUUUACCAUCCAGCAUGUCGUCACGCACACGGUUACUUUCAAGCGUGCCCCUUCGCUUGAACCACCACCUAAGGGCAAGCGCAGAAGAACUCAAAAUGUCUAAAGAAGCAAACAAGCGUCGACUUUACUAUCUGAAACUAUCAUGCUAUUUCUACACAUAAUGGGUUUUUUCUUUUGAUAUACGUACGGAAAGUCAAAGCUGUCAUCUCAUUCCUGUUUCCAAUCAUUUACGAGUCGAGUCUUGAUCGUAUCAUUCUACAGCCAUCCAUCUGCAUGCCUUGCUUACUGUUACUGCAGCCUCUGAUUCUGACUUUUUUUUUUUCUUUUUGUU